AUGGAAAACGAAGUAAAGCAGCGCAAUCAGCGAAACAGGCGAAGGGAACGGGCUCAGCGCAUGCAAGCACAGAGAGAGAGUAAGGCUAAAGAUGGGGACAGUGGCGAGGACGAGUCCCCUGCGAGGGAAAAACCUCCUCGCCCUGUGGCCAGGCGAAAGAAGUCCAAGGAGCCUCUGGCCGAGGAGGACAUCAUCGAUGGUUUCGCCAUAAUGGCAUUUCGCACCUACGAAGAUCUCGAGGCCGCAGUCAAAUGUGCUUCUUCCCCGCGCACCAAUGCGCUGUCCACGAAACCACGCCUGCCGCUGGCUGCUCUUGCCGGUGACGCAACCCGCAACCACCCGGCUAAUGUCAACUCUAAUGGCUUAACACUUCUCCAAGACGCUGGCACGUCGGAUGACAGCGGCCGGGCAUCAGAACGACUCACCGGCAGUUCUGUGGCUCCGCGCGACCCUGACUCUUCGCGUGACCGUCUGAGUGACGCCAGUAGCCGCUGUAGUUCCGGAAAAGGCUAUAUCUGUGAUAGUGAGGGCGAGGAUGACAAGGCAAGUAUCUUUCGAAUUUCUCUUGUUAAAACUUUAGCUAUUACGGCGGUGUUUACGAUACGCGUAAAUUAA